AUGUUUUCGUAUUACUCAAUCCUUUCGCCAUAUCUAUAUCCCGAAAUCUUUCACCCUCCUCCUGCCGUAUUUCGUCUUCACUCCGACCUCCCGCAAUUUUUAUUAUUCCUCUUAUAUGCCACCAUCUUUAGUCUUCAUUCCACUUUCCCCCACCUUAAUCUCUUUUUUUAUUUCUUUGCUUCCAACCGUCAGCCUUUGUCCCCUAUUUUUCUCUUUUCUUUCUUCCAACAUUUUAUUUUUCUCCCCUUACACCACACUUUUCUUCCUUCUUUGUCUCAAUGGCUCUUAAGAUAUAACUACCCCUUUACCAUAUUUUUUCUCUCCUAUCAUCUUUUUUAUUUCCCUUUCAACCCUUUUUUUAUUUCCUUUUCCUUAAUUUCUUCCUUCUUUUUCUUUCUUUCUUUCUUCUAUUCUUUCUUUUACCAUAACUUUCUUUCUUUCUCCUACCCCAACUUCCUCUAUCUUCCCUUUAUAGGUAUUUUUCUAACUUACCUGCGUAUUUUUCUUUUCUCUUUCUUUCAUCUUUUUUUACUUCUCUUUCUUUCCACUUCUCUCAAUACUCACUCACUUUCUUUAGUCUUCAUUUUUUUAACCUACUUACCUUUUCCGUUCUUUUUUUUUUCUCUCCAACCUAACCUUUCUUUCUUUCUUUCUUUUUUUCUUUCAUUCUUUCUUUCUUUCUUUCUUUCUUUUAGAAUUUCCGUGGUAUCUUUUCUUUCUUUCUUUCUUUCAUUCUUUCUUUCUUUCUUUCUUUCUUUUAGAAUUUCCGUGGUAUCUUUUCUUUCUUUCUUUCUUUCUUUCUUUCUUUCUUUCCUUCUUUCUUUCUUUCUUUUAGAAUUUCCAUGGUAUCUUUUCUUUCUUUCUUUCUUUCUUUCUUUCUUUCUUUCUUUCUUUCUUUCUUUCUUUAAUCUCUCCACCCUCCUCUACAGCCACUUUUCUUUCUUUCUUUCUUUCUUUCUUUCUUUCUUUCUUUCUUUCUUUCUUUCUUUCUUUUAUUCAGCAUUUCCCUAG